CAAAAGCUGCAUUCAUUUCAUGUGUGAAAAAAGGAUGAAAAGCUAGGAGCGUGCAGAGAAUGACUGCGGUCUACCUGAAUGGAGGAGGUCUGGGUAGCCAGCGUUACGCACGAUGGAGUCGGCAGGACAGCGGCGAGGACUACCUACGUGCCGAGUGCUACACAGAAGAAGAAGGAGGCUUGCAGCGGCGGCUCACACCUUUCGAGAGGUUGACUUUGGACAUGUCCCAGGAUGAGAAAGUAGUGAAGGAACUCACCCUUGGCAAAAGAAUUGGCUUCUACCGGGUGCGUGGUGAAAUUGGAAGUGGCAACUUUUCCCAGGUCAAGCUUGGAAUCCAUUGUCUUACUAAAGAAAAAGUGGCAAUAAAAAUCUUGGAUAAAACAAAACUAGACCAGAAGACACAGAGGCUGUUGUCCAGGGAGAUCUCAAGCAUGGAGAAGCUGCAUCAUCCCAACAUCAUCCGGCUGUAUGAGGUGGUGGAGACCCUGUCCAAGUUGCACCUCAUCAUGGAGUACGCAGGUGGAGGGGAGCUCUUUGCCAAGAUCAGCAUGGAAGGCAAACUGUCCAACACAAACAGCAAAAUGGUUUUUUCCCAGAUUCUGUCUGCAGUCAAGCACAUGCAUGACAACAACAUCAUACACCGGGACUUGAAAGCAGAGAACGUCUUUUAUACGUGUGACACUUGUGUAAAGGUUGGAGAUUUCGGCUUCAGCACCAUAAGCAAGAAGGACGAGACUCUCAAUACGUUUUGCGGCUCCCCACCUUACGCCGCCCCAGAGCUGUUCAGAGACGAGAGUUACGUGGGUGGGUUUGUGGAUAUCUGGGCACUUGGCAUCCUGCUUUUCUUCAUGGUGACAGGAACUAUGCCAUUCAGAGCAGACACUGUGGCCAAACUCAAAAAAUGCAUUCUAGAUGGCACUUACACAAUCCCUGCCUACAUUCCUGAGCCUUGCCAGAAACUGAUCCGAGGAAUCCUACAGCCAGCGCCCACUGACCGAUACACCAUUGACCAAAUCAUGAACUGUGAAUGGCUGAAACCAAUUGAAUUUCCCAAAGCAAUGGAGCCUUUCAAGCUGGACCCCAUGUAUUUAGCACAGCCCAGUGAGCUCAAAGAAGACGAAACGGAGGUCAAAACAGCACUGGAGAACUUGGGCAUUACAGAGGAACACAUUAAGAACAACCAGGGUAAGAACUCCCGCAGCUCCAUUACUGGAGUCUACCGCAUCAUUCUGCACCGGGUCCAGAAGAGACUGGCGGUGGAAAACGUGCCUGUGUUAAAUCAGGUGGAGCGCAGGAACUCCAAAAAGGAGCGGCAUAAGCCUUUCCGGGAAAUCAGACACACAUCCAAACUCUGCUCCAUUUUAUAGCUUCUCACUCAGUUUUCUACCGGGAUGACAUUUAAAUAUUCAUUGUGUCAAUUUUUUUUUUUUUUUUUUCGAAGAAUAUAUGCUUGCCUUCUAAGCUUUUGUAAUGAUAACAUUUUAAUAAAAUAAUGCCUUUAUGACAAAGUGCUCGUCAUUCCCCUUAGUAA